CCUUCCGGUCCACAGCCACCAUGCCUUUACCCACGCCGGGCUCCCCGCGCCUGGACCACGCCUGACUGCCUGCCGCGUUAUGCCUGCGCCCCAGGUGGUGCACAGGCCAGGGCCUCGCCAGACAGCCAUGGCUGAUGAGAAGACCUUCCGCAUUGGCUUCAUUGUGCUGGGGCUCUUCCUGCUGGCCCUUGGCACAUUCCUCAUGAGCCACGAUCGGCCCCAGGUCUAUGGUACCUUCUACGCCAUGGGCUGCAUCAUGGUGAUCGGGGGUGUCAUCUGGAGCAUGUGCCAGUGCUACCCCAAGAUCACUUUCACACCCGCUGACUCUGAUUUCCAAGGCAUCCUGUCCCCAAAGGUGCUGGGACUACUGGAGAAUGGGCUCGCUAAUGAAAUGAAGAGCUCUCAGGCUCCCUACAUCAGGCUGUGGGAGGAAGCCGCCUAUGACCAGAGUCUGCCUGACUUCAGCCACAUCCGGAUGAAGGACAUGGGCUGCAGAAAGGACCCCAGCCCUCUGCUGGCCCCCAAAGGACAGCCUCAGUUGGGAGCCAGCCAUGGAGGAGAAGGUGGCCCUCACCGCGCUCAGGCCGGGCAGGCGGCUGCUGUGCUUGUCCACAGGGGCUCAGACGAGGAAGAGGGAGAAAGAAACCCAGUUCGGAGCAGGCCCGGCCUUUGCCCCUGCAGCUCCCUGGCCAGUCCCCAGGGCCCUGCACCCUUGGCUUCCUUCCAAGAUGACCUGGACGUGUACUCCAGUGGAGACGGCAGCCCCAGUCUAUCACCACCUGAGGGGGAGGAGCCUCACCCCAUGCCGCAGGUGCCCUGGGCCUCCAGGUGCCAGCUGGACCGCUUCCAUGACUUUGCCAUGAUUGAUGCCCCCAUGUUGGAGGAUGUGCCUCCAGAGGGGCAACAGCAGGCUGCAGCCCUGUCCAGCUACUGGAAGCAGUCCCCCAGGGCAAAGGAGGAAGACGAGGCAGCUUUGGACACAGGUGUGGAGGAGCCAAAGCAGGAAGAGGAAGACUUGUACUAUGGGCUGCCAGACAGCCCCGGGGACCCCCUUCCGGACAAGGAACUGGGCUUUGAGCCGGACGCCCAGGGCUGAGAUGGAACUGCUCCCUGGGUUCUAGCCUGGCACCACUACUAAUCCACAGGGGACCUCACAAGGCCUCAAUUUUCUUAUCUGCAGAAUGGGGUUAUUUGGAGGUUCAUAUGCACCAGCAGAUCUGAGAGCAUGAGCGAUGCGGGGAAAUACACAGGGAGGGGCAGUUACUAUCAAUGGGCCGUGGUUGUUCCAACUGUCCAUUUUCUCUGGUGAAGCUUUGAAGGGAAACUAUGAUUCAUUAAGAAGAUAUGCAGCAGCUGGGGCCCCCAGGAGACUUUUCUCCUUCCCCAAGCUGGCCUUGGUGCUACCCCUGGGUCCCUGAUCCUCUGUGAAGGCCUCUCAGGGCUCCUGUUCCUGUUGAGUCUUUUAGUCCACAUGGUAGAUGUUAUGAUCCAUCUCUACUCAGAGUUAACCACAUCGAUCGCACCCACAUCCCUCCUGGGGUUCCCAGUGCCUCAGGAUCCAAAACCAUCUGCGACUGACCUCUGCUGAACUUGUCUGCCUGGCAAAUUCGGGCUCAUCCUUCAAAUCCCUGUGCAGACGUCCCUUCUCUGAAAGCUUUUCCUGAUGUCACAGCCUCCUGAAACAAGUCAGUCCUGGCUCUUCUGGGCCACCUUUGGGCCUUGCACAUUUAUCGCUGCAGCAUGACAGCUGCUCAAGGCUUCUACCUUGCUUUUCUCACCUCAGCAUCUCCCAUGCCCAGAGUCAGUGGUCACUGAGGAUGUACGGAACUGGCCAGGACCCAGGCACCUUUUGUGGAUAAUGCUGCUCUCCCCCACUUCCCUAAGCCUUAGGCUCCAGCCCCUUUACUCUCUGGCAUUCAGACCUCCAUAUUGCCUGCAUAGGAGUCACAGAAUCAGCCCAAAUGUCCCCAGGGGUUACCCUCUUCUUGCAGAAUACAUCUGUAAUGGCUUAGGAUUGUAGGUGAAAUUAAGCUUCCUGGCUUCAUCCAGUUUGGUUCAGGUGGCAUUUACUGAGCAUCUACUGUGUGCCAGACACUGUCCCGGAUCUUUAGGGGUAAGGGACAUGAACUGAUAACUAUUCUUGCCCUCAAACAGCUCACAAUCUAGUGAGCUUGGUCUUGUAAGUUAAGGGCAGAAAGCAGAGCAGAAGCUGAGGUGGGAGCAGAGAAGUUAAAAAUUGACAGAGUGAUAACCGCACAUCCACCUGGGGCUGUGGAUUGCAGGGAGAAAUAGCUCAGGCUGCCUGAGCAUCCUCUGAAAAUAUCCCUGUGUUGUGGCAUCACAGAGUGAUGCUUUUAUUAGGCUAAUCUGUGCAAAGCCCCUCUGUGCCUCAGGAGGCAGGUUCCGAGAAAGGGACAGUGGCACCACCUCAGACCAGGUCCACACACAGAGCUUGCAUCCUGGUCCACCUGGGAGUGGGAGACUUACCUGAGCUGGGCCUCUGGGUCCGGGUUGGGGGUCAGGGUUGGAAUGAGAUGCCCCAGUUCUGAGCCAGAAGGGCAUACCCUUGGAAAAGCCCCCCCCCCCCUUUUUUCUGGGCCAUUGUUACCUCCAUCAGGAAAGCCUCCACAGGGCACAUCCCUGCUGCUGUCACAUGUUCUCACUCAUGACCCCCAGACAUGGCCCUGUGUCCUGCCUACUAAGGCAGAGGAGCAGGUGACCUGUAUCCGAAAGAGCACCAGCACAAAUGGCUAAAAUAAAAAAGGUUUCAAUGUUUAAAGGGGUCACCUUCAUUUAAGUGCAAAUUCUUUUAUGGGAAGCACUCAUUCCCCCUCUAGGCAGGGUGAAUGAGGCGUCACAUCUGCCCAGUCCUCCGGGCACUCUCUGGAAAGUGACCAACAAGUACAGUGGGACAGCAGGUGGCACGGAAUCUCAGGAGGGGCCCCCAUCCCUGAAUCACAGCUGCACGCAUGCCCCAGACCUCACCAGAGAACCAAGAGCCUCUGGCUGCCAGGCCCACCAGUGAACAGAUGCUGAGCUCCAAGGACUGCCUAGGGGGCUCGGGGCAGUGGGAAGAGGUGGUGAGACUAGGCUUUUGGUUCCAGCUCCGGCCCCACCCAACCGCCCUCCCUGCUGCGUGAUAGGGAGCCCAUGCACCUGGUCUGCCCAGGACAGUCUUGGGUAUGGCCACAGUCCCCACUUAGUUAUUAGUACCCUUCCACUCUCAAAGGUAUCCCAUUUGGACGAUAAAUUAUGCAUUUACCUA